AUGCCAACCCUCGUCGAGAAAAUCGAGAGUAUUGUAGACCUCUUCCGAGUUAGUCCACAAGACUCCAGAUCUGUUCCGGGUUCCAAUGAGUCAGGCAAUAAUAUUCCGGAAAGCGGCGGUGGCCGCAACAGACAAAUUACGCUUUGUGCUUCGGAAAUCCUGACUGCAAUUCGUGUUCUCUAUCCAGAGAACGGUGACGGUUAUUACGCUGGUGCCCACAUCUCCCAUGGUUCUACGCUGAAGUCAUCCGCAUCCUCCGUUUCCGGAUUGUCACUUUUUCAUACUGUGUGUCCCUCGGAGCCAACUUCGCCAAGGAAUGGUCAUUGUGAUUCUGUCCCAGAGGUAAGUGCACCUACUGGAUUUCCGCUUCCUGAUUCUACAUCACCAGGAUCUAUUCCAGAGAGUGUAUAUCUACCUCCCGGAAAUGUGUUUGGUCAUAGACUCAGAGAGGCUUGCAUUGAGUUGACUGUAUACACUGGCUACGGCUCAGAUGCCCAAAGCUGUGAUCUCUUUUCCGAGCAAUGGACAAGCCUCGAAACGUGUUUCGAUGACCAUGGUACGAUAUCUUGGAUCGAUUGUGCAGGUCCCAACAUCAACUGUGCCGGCUCCAGCAGGAAUGUUUGCCCGGAGCAACUGGUUGAUCCCGAUCCCCGUACCUUCGAUCUCAUCAGUACUGGAAUACACACUCUAUUGGACGGUUUCUACUCUUCUACCGCCUUGAGUACCGAAUCCGUCCCCCAGGAUGCUGAGUCUCUGCAUUCCUCACUGCUGGACCAAUUCGUAAGCGCGAGAGCGAGUUGUUACCACCAAGGCGAUUUUCCCAAGGCUCAUCUAUUCUUUCGGUUGGCCAAAGCGACUACCUCGCUCUCUCCUGAACUUACAUCGCAGAUCAUGCAAGCCGUUGCGAAGGACUUUCGCCACGUUAUCAAUGGCUGUCGCCUUAAGGUGCAAAAAGGAGAAGCUCGGAUCGAAAAACUCAACGAUAAGAUCGAUUCGCAGCAGGCCGAGAUCCAAUCUAUCUCGUAUAUCAACAAUCGACUACGGGAGAAGAUGUGGUAUACUGCUGAUGUGCAGCGAGCAGGUCAUUAUGAAGAGCUCCGUAAGGUCGUAACGGCCUUGCGCGUUAUGGCGUCGUCGACUCGACCGAAGACAGACAAGAAGAAACCUCUUCUUAGGCAUCGAAGUGCAUCAAAGUCCUUGAACCAAAGCAUGCAACUCAAGUCAGAAGCAGCAACACUUGAACUCUUGUCCGCUCCGGUAGAAAGAGGUGGCACGAACAAGCUUAGUGACGUUCAGAUCGAUAUGACGUUACGUUGGAUGGAGGAUCGCGGUGUGGAGCGAGUUUGCAGAGCCGAAGAAAGAAUUCAUCGAUUCUGCUCUGAGCUCACCAGAUGUCUGGAACAUUUCGUGGGUCAAAGCCUUGUUGAGAAUCCGAUGUUGUGGUCCAGCCAGCUCUUCCAGAACCAGAAGGUAUCAUCCGGUCAUCUCAAAGGUAGAGUCAGUACACCAAACUCCGAGAAUAGCGCAUUGGCACGACUUCGUGCAAUGUACGACAACAAGCUGUCUGGGCCGUAUGAGACUCAGAUGUCGCCUCAGGGGAGUCGAUUCCCCACUCCAUCUCGAACCACGAUGCACUCGAACUUUGCUGCCAGGAGCAUAAGUCCCAAGUCCAACUCGCAUGACUACUUUGGUUGUCGAAGCCCUACGCUUACCCACAAAUCGUCAGGUACAUUAUGGUCGACCUUCAGUGCAGGGCCACAAUCUCCUUCCAGCGCUACGAGCUAUCCGUCAAGAGCUUUGUCUCCCAUGUCAACUGGACGACCGUUAUCUCGUCACUCUUGCUCGCUACAGACUCAAGCUUACUUUCUGGACGAGCUGAAGCAGAAUUUGACCAGCUUAUUAUUGAGUGAUUUCCACGACCUUUUCCGGUCUGGUAGCGAAACAGACAAAGCUAUGCGUAAGAUGGUCAAGCUCGGAUUACCCGUUAGAGACACUCUGGUAGAGGCUAUGGAAUACACACAUGAUGCGUCCCGGUCAUCAUUUAACUUUGGUCAGGUGUUUAGUAUGCUCUUGAGGCGUUUCGAGCUACAAGCGAGUCCCUAUGCCAAACUCGACAUUCUUCUUGAGCUCCAAUCUAUGCUCAAAGCUCAUCAUGCGGACCGCAGGCAAGAAGAUAUUCCUGGCGCCUCACUACCCAACACCAAUCUGUUCACUCAACGCAGACUCAGUCUCAGAAUCGAUACUUCAAGCACUCCACGAACGUCGCUAGGUCAUGACAGCACCAUACUAAGCUUUCGUCAACUAUUUCAAAACCCGAGUCUACGGCCAAAGACACUGUUCCGCGACUUGCAGUACAUAGCCUCACUUGUACCUCUCCAUAUUCUCGACAACACGCCUCGCGGCCGCGCUCNNUUUUGGAACGCCACCAUUGCUGCCCUCGAUCUCAAAGAAGAGCUCUGCCACAAUAUGAUCGAGACCGCCGAUCAGAUAAUCCAUCACCACACUUUGAUGCGCGGUCACUCACGCGUAACCUCUGCCGCACAAGCUCAACGCGAUGCAGCCGCCUUUUCGCCACCUACGCCCACACCAUCCUACCCCGGUGUCGCAGACCUGAGUAUGAGUGAUGCAGCAAUAUUGCUGCAGCUCACAGCCAAGGAAGGCAUUCCCGCCGCUCAACGCGAACUUGCUACACUGUAUCUUACGCACCCAGAGUUACUCGGCAUCUGUGUGAGCCCAUUUUCAAAGACAAAGGAUGUAUUCAAAGAUGUGGAAAAGAAUCGGGAGGGGGUUAGUGAGAGGUACAAUCCAACAGCUAUGGCCGUUGCGCAGCAUUGGAUGGAGUUGAGUGCGAAGGGUGGCGAUGGUCCUGCAGCGAGGUACUUGAGGGCGAAGGAUGAGUGGAACAGCUUACCUUGA